UUGCUUCAAUAGAGUUAUAUCAUUAUACAAAAACCCUCGCUCCUUCCACGGACAGAAUCCAUUUUCUUUUGUAAAUAGAGCCGUAGGUUAUUAUAAUAUCUGCAGCAGUGUGUACCACUACGCGGCCCUUGGACUUCACAGGAAUUUGAUUCGGGCAGACAUUUAAAAGAUAUCACCAAGCGUUCAAGUAUACCUACCACUGAUAAUGCAGGCCACAUCUUAUCCGACCCAGCCGGGAGUCCCGGGCCAGACGGUCUACGUUCAUCAGCCUGCUCCAGUCAACUAUUCUUCUACUGUCCAGAAUCCAAACUCGACGAGUGGUGUGUCUCAGAACUUCAAUGGAGCAGCAGGAAGAGCAACCGGUUGGCUUCAGCUCUUUCUUGGUAUUGGGAGCAUCGUCGUUGCCAUUGGCGAGUUGGUACUCCAGACUCAUAUUGGCUACGUCGCUAUGGGGAUCUGGGCUGCUGUUCUGUUCUACAUCCCAACUGGGAUCUUAGGAAUAUGUUCCAUGCAGAAGAACACUUGUGUAAUCAUCGGUUAUCUUACGAUGUGCAUCUUAACUGCCAAUGUUGCCUUUGGUCAAAUGAUUGCUGGUGCCAUUGGGGCAGGGAUCUUAAGUAAUUACUUAACUUACUGCGAUUGGUUUUCCAGUUACUGCGAUCCAGCCUUAAGGAACGGAAGCAUUGCUUGCGACUCUUUGUUGUCCAUCCUUGGAUUGGUAGAGAUGAUUGUGGCUAUUGUGGCUUCUGCUUACUGUUGCGGUGGUAUGGCCUGUGGCCAAUCAUCCACCCGAACCACAACGACCACUGUGUACACACAGCAGACGACCCCAAUGGUUGUAACAACUGGCCAGUAUGCCCAGCCGACAGGGAUCGCUCAACCCCCUCCAGCUUACAACGUUCAGCAGUCUUACCCUCCAGCGGGCCAACCUGCCCCUCAAGCCGGAUACAACCAGACCGGAUACAACCAAGGCGCAGCUGCCCCAUACAACCAGCAAGCUGUUGGACUACCAACCAAAACUGGCGGAAUGGUGGCCUAAAAAAAUGGUUGAAAGUAGUCAUAAAAGAAGCAUCAUUUCACUAUAUUACAUUAGUAAGCAUCUCCCUUUAAAAAGCCUGGUAAUGAUAAGCUUGAAACACAUUAAAAUAACUGACUCCCCAUUUCAUAAAUUCACACAUUUAGAAUUUUCUUCCUCAUAAAUUAAAAAAACGGUAAAGAUACGAAUUCUACAGACGGUAAUUUACGCUUAGAAUUAGUUCCCUGUGCCAUCUUGGGGAGCUUUUCAUGAAAGUUGUCAACACUGGCAAGUCGUCUUUCUCCGACAGCUACAAUAGUAACAGCUAGAGCAUGAGGCCAGCAGUGCCUCUGAGCCAAUCAAAACCAAUGAUUUCACGUCAGCAUUGACAAUUUAGUCAGUGCUCAUGAAACACCCAGAUGAUGAUGGUGAUGAUGAUGAUGAUGAUAAUGAAGAUGAUGACAUGGUCUUUUGUCGUUUUGCUAUUCAAUCAAUUUAUUGAAAAGUAACCUAUAUCCCCUACAUUCCAGCUCCUUCUCAGCAAUUGGUGUAGGGUUUUUUUUCUUCAUGAGUAUGACAAUUUUCGCCCGUUUCGCGAUAUUAUAUUUUCAGUAAUGCUGAAAAUCAUAUCUUGAAAUGCCAUGAAAAUUGUACUUCCAAAACGGAAUGAAGUGAGAAGAGUUAUAUUAGCAGAAAACAUGCUAGCAGUAGUAAAAAUAGCACACAUCUUCUGUAAAGGUCUGGGUGAAGAUUUCAAAA